GACCAACCACACCCGUUGGGAGGAGACGGCGAGAGCAGGCAGAAAGGUGUCGAUUAUAAAGUGCACCGGCUGACAAUGACUUGAUUUUUCUACUAUUAGGUUACAAAAAGCGGCUUUGGUUUAAAAUAAAGCCUCGUUAUCGUCGGCUCCGGUGGAGGUUGAGCUGGUGGGUUAAUUAGGGGGAACCUUCCAGCGAUGCGACUCGUUCCCGCACGGAGUACUUCUCGAGUGGGACCGUAAAUAAACUGCUCCUUCAAGGCUGCCGGAGGAAGAAAAGAUGCAGAUUCAGUCUCCUCCAUGAAGCCCGACGGAGUUUCCCGAUCGAGAAAAGCCGCAGAGAGAGUUCACUUCGGGGUCACGCCGUGAAAACGUCGGGAGAUGGAGCUGUGUCGGCGGGCGGGAGUCCGAGGACUGCUGUGCUCCCUGUCGCUGCUGCGGGUGCUGCUGGACCUCCAGCUGACCGGUGUCUUGGGUGCAACGCACGCCGAGAUCGAGCACCACUUGGAGAUGGGCCGCAAGCUUUUGGCAGCGGGUCAGUUGGCUGAAGCCUUGUCCCACUACCACUCAGCCGUGGAGGGAGACUCCAAGAAUUACCUGACCUACUACAAGCGAGCUGCAGUGUUCCUGGCUAUGGGGAAGUCCAAAUCUGCUCUGCCAGAUCUGACCCGCGCCAUAGAGCUCAAGCCCGACUUCAUGGCUGCCAGGCUGCAGAGAGGGAAUAUCCUUCUGAAGCAGGGCAACACGCAGGAGGCCAUAGACGACUUUGAAGCAGUGCUGCAGCGCUCUCCAGACCACGAAGAAGCUCACGAGCAGCUGAUGAAAGCAAAUGAGCUGGAAGAGCUACAGGAGGAAGCCCAUGCUGCGUACCACCAAGGGGACUACAGCGCAACCAUCAAUGUGUUGGAGAGGGCUAUAGAAAUCUCACCUUGGGAUCCAGAGUCCCGGGAGCUUCGUGCAGAGUGUUACAUCCGAAUGGGGGAUCCACAGAAGGCCAUCCAGGAUCUAACGCCAACGACGAGGCUACGCAACGACAACCGCGCAGCUUUCCUGAAGCUGAGCAUGCUGCACUACAGCCUCGGAGAACACCACGAGUCACUCAAUCACAUCAGGGAGUGUCUGAAGCUCGACCAGGACGACAAAGAGUGUUUCAGCCAUUACAAGCAGGUGAAGAAGCUCAGCAAGCAGCUGGACUCGGCAGAGGAGCUCAUUGAGGAGCACAGGUAUCAAGAUGGCAUUGAUAAGUAUGAAUCCGUCAUGAAAACAGAACCUAAUGUCCAGUAUUAUACCAACCUGGCAAAAGAGAGGAUCUGCUUCUGCCUUGUCAAGCUUAAAUUGACUUCUGAGUCGAUAGACGUGUGUUCAGAAGCCCACCAGAGAGACCCCCGCAAUGCCAACAUCCUCCGAGACCGAGCAGAGGCCUACAUCCUCAACCAGGAUUAUGAGAAAGCUGUGGAGGAUUACCAGGAGGCCAGAGAGUUCGAUGGUGACAGCAACGACAUCCGAGAAGGCCUGGAACGAGCUCAGAAGAUGCUCAAGAUCUCCCGUAAGAGAGACUACUACAAGAUCCUCGGUGUCAGCAGGAGCGCUAACAAGCAGGAGAUCAUCAAGGCGUACCGGAAACUGGGCAAGCAGUGGCACCCCGACAACUUCCAGUCCGAGUCUGAGAAGAAGGAAGCGGAAAAGAGGUUUAUCGAAAUCGCGUCAGCUAAAGAAGUCCUCACUGACCCAGAAAUGAGACAGAAGUUCGACUCGGGUGAAGAUCCGCUGGACCCGGAGAACCAGCAGGGUGGCGGUGGCGGACAGAGGACCUGGCCGUUCCACUACAACCCCUUCGAGUCCGGCGGCAGCUUCCACUUCAAGUUCGAGUACAACUAGAGAGCAGGACUUGACCACAGCACGAAUGAGGAGGAGGGGCAGGCAGUGCCAUUUUUUUGGACUUUUUGUUUUCAUGCUGAAUUUCUGGAGAAAUCCUCCUCAAAGUUUGUAAAUCAGCCUGGAUGGUCCUUUAACUCAAAAUUCUUUUUUUUUUUUUUAAUAUGGACUUUUCACAAAAAACCAGAACUGUGGCUCCAGUUGAGUUACGCCAGCACAUCAACUCCUUUUGGAAAUAUAAAGUUGGUGGCUGAAAGCAGCUGAUGGGUCUCCUAUGACUCAUUUCUUUCUUUGUGCCAUUUUACUUAUUUUUAUUUUAACCUUAACUUUUUGGAUGCAGUAACUCUUGAUGGGAUGUUACACAUGAAACACAUCAGUGUUUUCUUCUUCUUUUUAACCCUCUCUCUCUCUCACAGUAUUCUUCCAAAGGAGUUCCAUUCUGAGUGAACUCAUUUGUUAUUGUUGACCGUGAUGUCCAGAGAAAGAAUUUUAUUUUUUAAAGACUCCAAGAAAUCAAUUUUUCUGAACUGUUAUAUUAAUGGUGAGACUUAAGCACUAUAACAAGUUAAGUGUGAGUGUAAAAACGCGGGAAUCUUAUGGAUCUUAGAUCAUUGUAGGGGCUCCAUGAUUGUUUUUGAGUUUGCUUUCAUCCAGAAGUGGUUUCAGCAGCUCUUUAAGUUGGGGAAAUGUGUGCAAUUUGGUAGAAAGGAUGCAUCCAGCAGAUAUAACUGAAUCUGAUUUUCUUUUU